AUGAAAGCCCUCAUUGUGGCAGCUUCUAGACUACUGUUCCUGCUGUCUACUAUUUGUCAAAGUGGCAUGGGAAACAUUGCAGACAAGUCAAGAAAACCAAACUUAACUGUUAGGACCUUGUAUGGAACCCCCCCAAAUGCUUCUGAAGACUUCUCACUUUCUGCCAUAAAAGGCUGGACAGGAGCCACUAUAAAUGUGAGGUGCCCUGAAGGAAAUGUUUCACAUCUUCACAUGAAUAAUGUCACCGUGGGGUACCUGAAAAGUUCCUUAAGGACCAAGCUGAUACCUGCUAUCUACAUCCUGGUAUUUGUGGUUGGUAUUCCAGCCAACAGUAUGACCCUGUGGAAACUCCUUUUCAGAAACAAACCCAUCUGUCUGACCAUCUUCCAUACCAACCUGGCCAUUGCAGAUAUUCUCUUCUGUGUCACACUGCCAUUUAAGAUCAUUUAUCACCUCAAUGGAAAUAACUGGAUAUUUGGAGAGGUCUUGUGCCGGGCUACCACUGUGCUCUUCUAUGGAAACCUAUACUGCUCCAUUCUGCUCCUUACCUGCAUGAGCAUCAGCCGCUACCUGGCCAUUGUUCAUCCUUUCACAUACCGAAGGCUGCCCAAGCGCAAAUACACUUGGCUAACAUGUGGUGUGGUGUGGGUGAUGGUUUUCUUAUACAUGCUGCCAUUUUGCAUCCUGAAACAGGAAUAUUACCUUCUGCAGCUGGACAUCACCACCUGCCAUGAUGGCUACAGCCUAUGCGAGUCUUCCUCCCUCUUCCAGUUGUGCUACUUCAUCUCUUUAGCUGUCUUUGGAUGCUUAAUUCCAUUCAUGGUUGUUACAUACUGCUACACAAACAUCAUCAUCCACAGACUUAACAUACAUGAUCAAAGAUGGCUGAGGUAUUCAAAGGCGGUUGUUUUCAUCAUGGUGAUUUUCAUGGUUUGCUUUAUGCCGAGUAAUAUUAUAUUGAUUGCUUAUCAUGUUAACUACUACAGUCACAACACGGAUGGCUUAUACUUUUCUUAUCUCAUAGCUUUGUGCCUGGGUAGCCUGAAUAGUUGCUUAGACCCAUUCCUUUAUUUUCUCAUGUUAAAAAUGUUAAAUCAGCCGAGCUUUGUUUUAGAAGGAUUAGCAAAAGUGCUAAUCCAGGAGAAAUCAGGAGAGGUGACAAUAGCUGCUGAUGCUGUAAUUGCUGAACCUGAGCAGCAGCCUCAACCUGUCACAAUCCCUGAAGAAACUGCUCAGGUUCCUACAAUUUCUGCAAAUAGCAACAGUGAAAUUGGCAACAUCAUUUCUGAUGCAAUGAAAAGUGAAAAGAAUUUUUCUAGCAUCCAAUCUGUUACACUUGCUAUUGAAAUUGCCAGAGCUCACUAUAAGCCCUUGGCCACGCUUCAAGGUGUAGAUCGUUUUCAGAAUCUGUGA